GGGUCGUAUGAGUGGGUAGGGCAUUCCCUCUCCGCAAGAGUGCUUACGUACAGACGCGAUAAAGAGGCAGAUUCUGGAAGCCGUUACGCUGCGUAGGUUUCUUGCCGCCCCACUUACGCAAUUUACGUAUUGCGGCCUAUUCCACAUCGUCGGCGGGGCUAAUGGCUACGCCAGCCAAGAAGAGGAAGACCAAUUUCUCAGAGCAGGAGGUGGAGAUCAUCAUGGACGAGAUGGAGAAGCAGAAGCACAUCUUAAUUAACCAUUACAAUGCUGGGGUUCCACUGCUGACCAAAAGCAACGCCUGGUAUGACAUCUUGAAGCGGGUGAACGCCAUCAGCACGUGCCACCGCGAGCUGGCAGAGGUGAAGAAAAAGUGGUCUGACCUAAAGACCGAGGUGCGCAGGAAGAUGUCGCAGGCGCGCGCUACAGUCGAAGGCGAGGGCGAUGUGGGCACCCCACCCAUAAUGCUCACCCCGCUACAACAGCGCAUUUGCAAUUUACUGGGUGAAAGCGCCAUCCUCAGCCUGCCCGUCCAGGAAUGCUCGGCGGAAAUACCAGCCCAAGUGUCCAUCAGUUCCCCUGGCACCGUGACGCUGUCACAAAUCCCUGCAGAAACCACCUAUCACACCUUGGAGGAAAACGUAGUGGAGUAUUGCACGACCGAGGCUCCCACGACCGUAACGUCUGAGGCCUCAGUCGAAAUGAUCUCUCCUUCUGAAGUCACGGGGAAACCUCAGGAACUGAAGAACCGAAUCGCUCUAAACUCUGCUCGGCUCCUGCAAGAACAGCGAGUGACUAACCUUCAUGUGAAGGAGAUCGCUCAGCACCUUGAACAGCAGAAUGACAUCUUGCAGAUGAUUCGCCGGUCGCAGGAACUCCAGGCCAGUGCUCAGGAACGUCAGGCACAGGCCAUGGAAGGGACCCAGGCAGCUCUGAGUGCCCUCAUUCAGGUACUGCGGCCUAUGAUCAAAGAUGUUCGCAAGUUCCUACAAAACCAGAUUGUUGACUCAACAGCGGUCAAUGAAGCUGGUGACCCAGGAACUCGGAAUGGACGAUCAAACAGUAUCGGCCAGUGAUUGGAAAUGAUGAUCAAAUACUACAAAGUGGUCUAUCACAAAAAACAUGAGCCAAGAAUGGAAGAUCCUUUUUAUAGAAACGACGAUGAACGUAGUUAUCUAGCAACUGCUGGAGAGGGGACAGUAGGGUGCUGGUGGCUCACAUUCUUGAAGAUCAACGGAAUAAAUCUGGAAAUGCUUGCGUUAUUAAGGUUUUCGGAAAAUAGGACUAAAUACAUGUCCAAUAUUGCCAUUGCAGUUCCACAGCUUGUUUUCAUUGUCAUGUAAGGAUUGAAGUAUAGCUUUGUUAGUUGAACGUAGAAGCUCGUAAGGACAGAAGCAUAUCAUAUGCGUGUAAUGAGAAGAUCAGGAAAUCAAUAACCAGAAGAUGCGCACAUUUUAAGUUUGUAUAUGGAUCUGAGCUCAUUAAUUUGUUCUUGAACUUUAUUCCUUAGAAUCCCCCCUCCCCCUUUAUACCUAGCCAUCGUGAACCCGUUAUUCAUCAGUGGUUUAACACUGUGCAGUUUUUAUAAUAAAAUAAUUCAGCUA